AUGGAUGAGGAUGAUGAUGCCGACCUUUUCGGCUCCGAUGGUGGUGGCUCCGAUGCUGGCCUCGAUAGCGACGAUCGAGGCCGUCGCAAUUUGGAUGAUGAACAACUAGACUCCGGUGACGAUGAAGGCCGUGAUGAUCGCCGUGAUCGCAUGGAUGUGGGUGCUGAUGCGGGCGACUUUGACGAAGCCGAAGUCAAUAUCAUGGACGUGAGCCUGGCGCGGGCGCCGGAGCCCGUAACCAGUGACGGAGAGGUAUGGAUCGAGAUCACGCUGAAUGCGUUUCUUCCACGGAGUAUCUACACCAUGCGUGUCCCCGAUUUCCUCUCCAUUGAAGCGGAAGAAUUCAACCCGGAAACCUACGUCGCUCCUCCCUACUCCACCGCUGCCACAUCACUAUGCUGGCGCAAAGACCCCAACGACGAGUCCCAGCUACAAUCCAACGCCCGCUUCGUUCAGUGGGAGGAUGGCUCUAUCACACUCCAGCUUGCAUCCGCCCCACUCGAGCAAUACCGCAUCUCCUCCAAACCACUCGCACCCCUCGACAAAUCUGGCAACUAUGACCCGAAGCUGGACUCUCACGUUUACCUUUCCGCCGCCGUGGAAACGGCUUCGGUUUUCCGACUCACUUCCCACGUCACACACGGCUUGACCGUUCUCCCGACUGCCAUGGAGACCGACGAUGCGGUCCAGCGACUUCAAGAAUCUCUCGCCGCUGCUACCCGUGGCAACAAGACGACGGUGGAUGGCUCGGCGCCUGUCAUUGAUGUCAAGGAAGAUCCUGAAAUGGCUGCGCGUAAGGCAGAGCUCGCGGAGAAGGAAGCCAUGCGAGCUGAGCGUCGGCGACAACAGCUGGCAGACCGCGAGGCGGAUCGUGGUCGUCGUGCACCUGCUACCCGUACUAUGGGUACUGGUCUUAGUAUCGGUGCUCUCGAGGAUGGACUUUCGACUCGUCCUCGUGGCAAGCAGCGUCGUCCUAACCGUCGUGGUGAGAUCUAUUCCGACGAGGAAGAUUAUCGCGGUGGACGUACCCAUGAGGAUGAGUAUGAUGAGGAUGACGGAUUCCUGGUUGGUAGCGAUGAAGAUGUUGAGGAAGGUGAAGAUGAUGAGGAGGAGGAGGAAAUUCUGGACGAUGACGAGGAUGCUGAGGGUGAAGUUGAUACUGAAGUUGCUCCCUCCAAGUCUGCACGUAGCAAACCCGCGCCUGAGAAGACAGGAACUCCUCCGCAACGGAAGAAGAACCGCUAUGUGGUGGAUGACGAUGAUGAGGACGAGUGA